GUAGCCUCGAACUUGACGUUGUAAGGUGGAAUUGAAUUGCACAAUCAAAUCAUAAAUUGCACUUAAAAGCUAAAACCUUUGGUUUGAAGCUCAACUACUACUUCUACUUGGUACUACUACAAAAACGAGUUUUGAUAAGUUUCAUUUCAUCUACUUCCCAACUACUCUGCAAAACCACCACAACCACAAUGAGCUUAUGGGACUACUGGAUUGAGGAAGCUCUUUCAAAGCUCCACUCUUUGCAACUCCUCCGUUCUCUCAGACCCAUUUACCUCCGCAAUGAACCACAACACCCCACCAACACUACUUCCUCAAAAUCAUCCUUUGAAGAUGAAUUCCAGGUGUUCGACGAAAUGCAUCCAUGGGACCGUUCCUCCGUUGAGAUUCAGAUUUCCGAUGCCACCUUCCAGAAUUGGGUCCAUCACAUUUCUUCUUCUGGAGAUGAGGCUGACAGUAGUGGACAUGUUUUAGCUGAUUCUGAAACAGGGGAGUGUCCUCGGCUUUUCAAGAAACUACUUUUAUUUUCUGGAAAUGAUUACUUGGGAUUGAGCUCACAUCCUACAAUUGGAAAAGCUGCUGCAAAGGCAGCUCUAAAACAUGGAAUGGGCCCCCGAGGUUCAGCUCUAAUAUGUGGAUAUACCAAUUACCAUCGGCUACUCGAGUCAUGCUUGGCAGACUUAAAGAAGAAAGAGGAUUGCCUUCUUUGUCCUACAGGGUUUGCUGCUAAUAUGGCUGUGAUGGUUACUCUGGGCAAUGUUAGCUCUCUACUGGCCUCUGGCUCAAAGCCUUUGCAGCAUGAAAGGGUUGCCAUUUUUUCUGAUGCAUUCAACCAUGCUUCAAUAAUUGAUGGUAUUCGUCUUGCCCAGCGACAGUCUAGUGUAGAGGUUUUCAUCUAUAGACACUGCAACAUGACUCACCUUAAUACACUGUUAUCAAGUUGCACACUGAAGAAGAAAGUUGUAGUGACCGAUAGCUUGUUUAGUAUGGAUGGAGACUUUGCACCAAUGACUGAACUUGUGAAGUUGCGGAAGAAACACAGAUUUUUGUUAGUAAUCGAUGAUGCUCAUGGAACAUUUGUUUGUGGGCAAAAUGGAGGCGGAGUGGCUGAAGAGUUCAACUGCGAGAAAGAUAUUGAUAUCUGCGUUGGCACUCUGAGCAAAGCUGUUGGUUGUCAUGGAGGAUUUAUAGCUUGCAGUAAGAAAUGGAAGCAACUAAUACAAUCAAGAGGUCGCUCUUUCAUAUUUUCAACUGCUUCUCCCGUGCCAAUUGUGGCUGCAUCCCAUGCUGGUGUUAUUGUGGCAAGGAAAGAGACGUGGAGAAGAAAGGCAAUUUGGGAACGAGUUCAAGAUUUUCGCAAUUUAACUGGAAUUCCCAUCAUGAGCCAUAUAAUAUCUCUUAUCAUUGGAAGUGAAGAGAAGGCUCUCGAAGCUAGCCAGUUCGUCACACCCUCUCUGUUUUUUAUUCUCAGCACCAAUGUGAACUUUAUCGCAAUGAAGUUAAUGCUACAUGUUUCUAACCGUGUUGUUGUUAUUAAACAGGCAUUUGUUGAGAUCUGGUUUCCACGUGACCGCGAUCAGACCCCCAACGGUUCCACCCAACUCAUGCAGGCUAAGAGUGACUUUGAGUGCAGCUCACACAAGAAAUGAUUUGGUGAGCCUCACAGAUGCACUAUCCCGCUGUAUAGAUCUCAAAGAAAUAAGUGUUAAUGGCUCAUCAUAUGCAUAUGCUAGGAUGUAAUAUUUCAUUAUUUUGAAAAACAAGAGACCCCUUAUUUAUUUACAAUUAAUAUUAUUACCGAGUUAAAAUAGACACUCUUUUCUAGUCAGAAUGAAGUGAAAUACUUUAUUUAUUAUUAGAUUGUGCAUUGUUGUAAUUCUGUUUUGAAACAUGCAAGGCUGCUGCUAUAUUGAAACACAUGAAAAAAUGUGUUAAAUUUUUAUUAUUCUUGUUAUCUCUUCAAACAAAUAAAAUGAAUUAAUAAAAAUAAAUAUUUCUAUUUUAGUUAUCUAU